AUGGUUCUCGUCUGCGUCGUCUGCCGCGGCGAGGCGUUCGACGAGACGAACGAGGGCUUCUACGUGUGCCUGCGAUGCGGCACGCAGUCGCAGGACGUCGUGCGCGAGACGCAGGACGACGACGCGGCGAUCGAGGCGAUCCGCGGCGCGGGGCGCGGCGUCCGCAGCCGGAAGGUUCGCCCGCAAGAGCGCGCGAUCGAUCCGCGCGCGCCCCUCCUCCCUUCGUCGCGGCAGCCCGCCGCCGCGACGACGCCGGCGACGACGACGCCGGCGACGCGAGAGAAGCUCGAGACGUACUGCGACGGCAUGCGCCAGCUCCUGCACGAGCAGUGCGUCGCGCUGCAUUCGACGUUCGGUUGCCCGGCGGAGACGUCCGUCGUCGCCGCGGCGUUUUGGUUCCCGUACGUCCGCGCGUGCGGCGUCAUGGAGCUCGACUUCGACGACCCGAAGACGUUCCGGGAGUCCUCGCACGUGAAGUUGAGGCCGAAGACGAAGACGAAGACGAAGACGGAGCGAGCGAAGGUUAAGAAGGAGCGCGUCGACGACGACGACGACGAUGACGACGGAGACUCGGCGAACGAAUCCUCCUCCUCCUCCUCCUCCUCCUCCUCCUCCGACGCCGACGACGCGUCGCCGGCGGGCGCGGAACGAAAACGACGCCGCAAGCUCACCCUCCGCCAGCUCAUCACGUCGCACCUUCACCCGCGCGUCACGCUCGCGAUCGCCUACCUCGCGUGCGCGUGGCUGAAGCAGCCCGUGCACGUCGGGGAUCUCGUGCGGUGGGCGCUGGACGGCGACAUGCCGUAUCUCGCGGCGUCGGCGCGCGUCCACGCGUCGCUCGGGGGCGACGAUGAGCUUCCGUUCAAGGGCGCGCUCGUCGCUCGAUGCGUCCCGCAGCCGCACUUGAUCGCGACGUGCGCGAUGCACGUGUCGUCGGUCGCGGGGAUCGCGCUCCCGCCUGCGAACGUCGCGGGGUUCGUCGCGAGGUUCGCGAGCGAGGUGGGCGUCGCGUCGGCGGCUUUUUUCCAAGCCGCGGAGCGCGCGGCGGCGGCGACGGAUCGCGCGCGGUUCACCUUGGACGACGCGCGGAGCGACGUCCAGAUCGCGCCGCCGCACGCGUGGGCGAUGGCGAUCGUCGUCGUCGCGUUGAAGGAGAUGUACGGCCUGGACGGGAGGGCGUUCGAGGACGUUCGAUUCGUCAGCCCUGCGGCGGUUUCGGCGGCGAAGCGAGAGAGAGAGGAGGAGGAGGAGGAGGAGGAGGAGGAGGAGGAGGACGCGUCGAACGAGAAACGGCGUCGCCGCGCCGCCGCCGCGGCGGCGAAAGCGCGCGAGGACGCGAAGCGGCGACGCGAGUCUGAGCCCGUCGUCGUCGCCGUCGACGGCGCGCUCGAGUGGCGCGGCGCCGGCGCGCCGCCGCCGCCGCCGCCGCCGCCGCUCGGCUGGCGCGCGGGGUGGGCCGACGCCGUCGUCGCGUCCGCGAACAACAAGCCGAGGCACCCGGUCGCGUCCGCGCGCGCGGCGACGUCCGGCGGUGACGCGGCGACGCGCGCCGCCGCCGCGGACGCCUUCAUCGCGUACUGCAGGGACCACGCCGUCGGGCGCGGCGAGGCGCCGACGCAGCCGGCGGAUCGAUACGCGGACGCGCUGUGGCGCGUGUACGACGCGGCGACGGCGGACGCGGCGCGCGCGAGGGAGGAGCGCGCGAGAGAGAGACUCGAGCAGGAGCGGCUGGAGAAGGCGCUCGGCGGCGACGGGGACGACGGGGAAGACGGCGAAGGAGAAGGAGAAGGAGAAGAGGAACGAGACCGGGAGGAAAAAAUCGUCGCGAUGCCGGCGUCAGCCGCGGCGUUCGCGUCGACGCUCGCGACCUCCCCCGCGAGCGCGUUCUCGCGAGCGCCCGUCGCCGCGGAGGAGGGAGAACGAGGCGGAGGAGGAGGAGGAGGAGGAGGAGGAGGACAGUCGACGACGACGUCGUCGCGAGGGAGAGGGAAGCCGCCGCCCGCGCAUCGCCCGCCGCGCAAGCUGUAUCGCCCGCCGCGCAAGCUGGAGGACGCGGCGGAUGACUAUCGCGCCGUCCUCGACGCGUGCGCGUCGCACGCGUGGUGCGCGUCACGGCCGCUGCACGAGGCCGUGCGCGCGAUCGAUGCGACGACGCGCGCGAGAGAGCUCGCGAUGGAGAGGGAAACGCACGCGGCGCUCAGGGAAGAGGCGAAGAGGGACGGCGUGCGGAGGAAGCGGCUGUGGAAGCGACCCGCGGCGCCGAAGAGGACGGAGGGAUCGAAACGCGUCGUCGCGGGAAGGCGCGUCAGGGACGACGUCGCGCUGAGGACGUCCACGGGGGAGGAGAAACGAGGCGGCGCGCGCGCGCGGCGCGGCGCGGUGAAGCGCGAGCCCGCGUCCGCCGCCGACGACGACGAUAGCGAUAGCACGUAG